AUGUUCUCGUCUGUGGCGCACCUGGCGCGGGCGAACCCCUUCAACGCGCCCCACCUGCAGCUGGUGUACGAUGGCCUCGCGGGCCCCUCCAGCAGCCCCGCCGGGCCCCCGGGCCCGCCCCGCCGCUCCCGCACCCUGGCAGCCGCCGCUGUGGAAGAGGAGUAUAGCUGUGACUAUGGAUCUGGCAGAUUCUUUAUCCUUUGUGGAAUUGGAGGAAUUAUUAGCUGUGGCACAACACAUACAGCAUUGGUUCCUCUAGAUCUGGUUAAAUGCAGAAUGCAGGUUUGUUUUGCAUGUGGGUCUGAAUAA